AUGGAGGGAGCCUUCACCCAUGUUGGUAACCACCUUAUUUCCGACUCAGCUGCCGCCAUAAAGGCCGGCGCUGACGACUUGUCGACGAUCGAUCCCGACGAGGCUCUGCUCUACGGCAAAUAUGGCGGCCAAAGUGGCCGACGCCGAGCCGAUGACGACGAUAACCAAACGGAGGCCUUCGAAGAGGAUGAUAACGACAGCCUCAAUAGCGUCCCCGUUGAUCAAAUGAUGGGCAUGAAGCUGAAACACCCUGAGGAGGAGAAAGAGCUCCCGGCUCAUGCAUGCGCAUACUGCGGCAUUCACUCUCCGGCUUGUGUCGUCAAAUGCCUUACGUGCAACAAAUGGUUUUGCAGUGCCCGCGGCAGUGGCUCGUCAACCCAUAUCGUCAACCAUCUCGUUCGCGCACGCCACAAGGAAGUGCAGCUACACCCCGAAUCGACUCUCGGCGAUACCAUUCUGGAAUGCUACAACUGUGGAACAAAGAAUGCCUUCAUUCUCGGAUUUAUCCCUGCGAAAUCUGAUGCCGUGGUCGUCCUGCUAUGCCGUCAGCCCUGCGCCUCCGUCUCUUCGAAUAAAGACAUGAGUUGGGACACCUCGCGAUGGGAGCCCCUCAUCGAGGAGCGAGCAUUUUUGCCGUGGCUUGUGAACCCCCCGUCCGACGCUGAACAGCUGCGCGCCCGCCACCUCACGAUCAACACGAUUGCCAAACUCGAAGAAAUGUGGAAGCAGGAGCCAGACGCAACGAUUCAAGAUUUGGAAAAGGCUUCCAAUAUUGAUGACGAGCCUCUUCCCGUUCAGUUGACGUAUGAUGAUCCCUACCAUUAUCAGAAUAUCUUUGGGCCACUCGUCAAGAUGGAGUCCGACUACGAUAAGAAGCUCAAGGAAGCGCAGUCGGAAGAUGGCCUAACUGUUCGCUGGGAUUAUGCUCUCAAUAACAAGCACAUUGCUAGCUUUAACCUACAAAAGAUUGAAUCCGGAGAUGUCAAACUCGCAGUCGGCGACGAAAUGCGACUACGAUACACUGGCGAGCUUCGAGAACCCUGGGAAGGAGUUGGAUACGUCAUCAAGAUCCCAAACAGCCAAUCUGACGAAGUCUGCCUCGAGCUGCGCAAGACGGGCAACGACAAGCUUGUCCCCAUCGAUCUCUCUCACAACUUUUCGGCCGAUUACGUUUGGAAGGCUACCUCGUACGAUCGUAUGCAGCUGGCUAUGAAGACUUUUGCCGUCGACGACAUGAGCGUUUCGGGAUACAUCUUCCACAUCCUGCUUGGCCAUAUUUGCCAGCCACCCCCCAUGAAGGUUACGCUACCAAAGAAGUGGUCUGCUCCCGGGCUACCUGAUUUGAAUCAAGGCCAGGUGGACGCUAUCAAGGCUGUUCUUCAGAGGCCUCUCAGUCUGAUCCAGGGACCUCCUGGUACAGGAAAGACGGUUACAUCAGCUACUAUCAUCUACCACCUUGCCAAGACGAGCGGUAGCCAGGUUCUGGUGUGUGCUCCAUCCAACGUUGCUGUGGACCAGCUCUGUGAACGUAUUCACCGUACAGGCCUCAAAGUGGUUCGGCUUACGGCCAAGUCGCGUGAAGAUGUCGAGUCAUCUGUCACUUUCCUCGCCUUACACGAGCAGGUUCGCAUGUCCGAGCACAAUACCGAGCUCGUGAAGCUGUCCCAGUUGAAGAAUGAAGUCGGCGAACUUUCAAGCCAGGACGAGAAGAAGUUGAGACAGCUGACCAAGGCCGCCGAGCGAGAGAUUUUGAGCAACGCGGAUGUCAUCUGCUGUACUUGUGUCGGUGCAGGCGAUCCACGACUGUCGAAGAUGAAAUUCCGAAACGUCCUCAUUGACGAAUCUACCCAGUCUGCUGAGCCUGAAUGUAUGAUUCCUCUUGUGCUCGGAUGCAAGCAAGUCGUUCUGGUCGGAGAUCAUAAACAGCUUGGCCCGGUGAUUAUGAACAAGAAGGCGGCCAAGGCCGGUCUCAACAGGUCUCUGUUUGAGCGACUCAUCAACUUGAAGAUCAACCCGAUCCCGCUAAAGACACAGUACCGAAUGCACCCAUGCCUUUCAGAGUUCCCGUCCAACAUGUUCUACGAUGGUACUCUUCAGAACGGCAUCACCCACGAGCAGCGAGUUCGAAAAGAUGUUGAUUUCCCUUGGCCUGUAACAGAGAUGCCCAUGAUGUUCUGGUCCAAUAUUGGCCACGAAGAAAUUUCAACCUCUGGCACUUCGUACCUCAACCGAACAGAGGCCUCGAAUGUGGAGAAGACUGUAACGCGGUUCUUCAAGGCCGGCGUGAGGCCAUCUGAAAUUGGAGUCAUUACACCGUAUGAGGGCCAGCGAAGCUACAUUGUUUCCACUAUGCAGAACUCUGGCACAUACAAGAAGGAAAUGUACAAAGAUGUGGAGGUGGCCUCUGUUGACGCAUUCCAGGGUCGUGAGAAGGACUUUAUUGUCUUAUCCUGUGUUCGUUCCAACGACAACCAAGGCAUUGGAUUCUUGUCGGACCCUCGCCGUCUUAAUGUUGCCCUUACCCGAGCCAAGUAUGGUCUUGUCAUUCUCGGAAACCCCAAGGUGCUCUCCAAACAUGAGCUCUGGCAUAACCUCCUUGCUCAUUUCAAGGAUCGCAAGUGCUUUGUCGAAGGUCCUCUUACCAACCUACAGGCCUGUCUGCUACAGUUUAGCCGCCCCAGAGUAAGCUAUCGACAGAGGAGCAGCCAACCGUCUCAGUACCCCGGCGCCAGGCAGUCAAAUGGCAAAUUCAAUGGCGGCCCUCCUGGCCGUGACUUUGACGCUGGCUCCAUGGUUUCCUACAUUCCGGACGACGUUUCUUCAAUCCAGGGCUCAGCUUUUGGAGGCGCAGCGCUCAAUACGGCUUUCCCACCCAUGUUUUCCAGCUUUGCUCCCGAGCAGUGGCCGGGACUACCUGGAGUAUCGGCACCGGGACGAGGACAUAAGAGUCGCAACCGAGCGCCUGAGAGCAUUGCUGGAGAGAGCGUGGCUAAUUCUGAGCUUACCGAUGCCUCGACUAGCGUCAUUGGUGCCAAGGGAAUUGGCCAAGGCGGCGUAAGCCUGGGAGCCGGAUUACACGACGUUGUGACGGGAAUGCGAGCAGUUUCCUACAGCCAGAGCGAUCGACUGAAACAGUACGUGGAAAGCAACGGUCGUAUGACUCUGGGCAGUGGCUACGGUCGACGUUAUGACGACGACGAGAAGAGUAUCAGCACUGCGUUUCACAGCCAAAUCGGCGGAGGCUACGACUGA